UUCCAGGUGCGGGAAAUGCUAAUUCAAGCUGUUGCUUGCAGCAGGUGUGUCACCAUCUCUGAUGAAAGAGAGUCUCAGAUGCAUAUAAAAGGCUGCCCAGACACCUGGGUCACUUCAACAGACCCAUCUUCUGCAAACCCUCCUUGGACACAAGCAGGUACCCCGAAAGCUCAGCCAUGUCUGCAAGCACUGCCACCACCCUGCCUGGGCAUCGGCAGUUCCCAGGAAAUUGCACGCUGGAGAUGGCCCUGAAUGCCAUCGUGGAUGUCUACCACCGCUACAGCAUCCGCAAGGGUGAACUCGACCUCCUCAACUUCAACGAAUUCAACACGCUGCUGAAGGAGCAGGCGCCGACCUUCCUGGAGGCCUGUAACAGGAACCGUUCCGGCUACCUGCAGGAGCUCUUCAAGGAGACGGACUUAAACAAGGACAAAGAGCUGUCUUUUGAGGAGUUCACCAUCGUCUUGUCCAAGGUGGCUGAUGAUGCCCAUCGCAUCAUGCAUGGGGAAAACAGAUGUAAACCAGAGAGCAACUGAGCUCACCUGUGCCGUGGUGUCUGGCCCCUGUGAAGGACCCAGAAGGGGCUGCUUUUAGGAAUAGGGCUGUGGCUGCUUUCUGCCUGCUUGGAUCGCUCAUGAGACAAUAAAGCAUCACUUGAA